AUGAACACCGAAAGCGAGCCAUGCUGCCCCUCUACCCCUGCGGAUGCUACUGUCGAUACCGUUGACCAAGACCCAGACACUCAACUUCAGAGUCCUGGCCUCGUUGAAAGAAGGAAGCCUGGAAGGCCUUCAGGGUCCAAGAACAAGGCCAAGGUCAAGAUUCCACCUACCGAAGGUCUGGGACUCCGAAACAGAACCGUCUUUGUCCCAUGGACCGAAAUCGACAUCAGUGACAGCAGUGAAGAUGACAAGAAUGAAUUCAAAGACAUCCACGACAAUGGGAGUGAAUGGGAGGACAAUAAUUCCGACUUUGAGAGCAAGCAUGAAUCCAAAUUUAUCUCCGAGCAGCGGCAAGCAUAUCGACAAGGAGUUCAGCAUAUGACCCGACUGAUCCAAGAAAACGGCCCCAUUGCCAAUAGAUUCAUCGGAUCUCAGCAUCAAUCCUCUUCUCCCGCUCGUCGUCGUACUGCCGUCUGGAACCAGGCCAAGGAGUAUAUCCUCAAUAACUGUUGGGAAAAUAGCUUGGAGAGGGUAGCCAUAGAGCGUUACUCUGAAGGGGCCCAUAAUCUAUUGGCGGCGUGGAAGAUGUCUUUGGAACUCUUCGGGAUCAACCCUCUCGCAUUGAUCUCCAUGUAUCGGCGCACGAACUUCGAAAAUACCGCGAGCGACUGUUUCAAGCAUCAUGGAGAAAUGAAAGAGAAUCCACUUUGGAUCCGCGAUUUCUGCAGAAAGCUCACACGAAUUAUGGCUCACCCUCUAUUCUCUAACGACAAGGACCAUCACUUCAUUCCUAUUUUCGUCAGGCAAGAGUCCAUGGUGGAGCGAUUUCAAAGCUAUCAACAGAAGCGAAAGGAUGACAACCGCAUCGUCACGAGACAUGCUCAGCUAAUGUAUCGCAUUGUGGAACAUUACAAGAUAACCAAAAGAGAAUCCCUCGAAAGCUUCGCCCCCAUCAAGACUCGAGAUCUGACUGUCAUUAUCGAUGCCCUUAAUAGCCUCGAACGCUACACUACUAACACCACCUGCGAGACAUAUUUCCUAGUGUAUUCCGCCAGCAAAAAACCUCCAGUUCAUCCUAAGAGGUUGCACGAGCUUGCGGAGGCUCCUGUCUUAACUGUCGAUUAUGGAGGUAUAACUGCUUCCGAAGCCAACGACCCGCCUCUCAAGUCUGAUGGAUAUCCUUUCCACGAUCACCACUCUAACCACUCUUCAUCAAAACUUGAAGACGGUGAGGUACUAGAGACAGCCGAAGCCCCCAUUUCCCGCCAAGCUGAUACUGCUGAUGAUUACUUGCACGAAUCCCGGAGAUCUUUGAUAAGAGUUGAUCAACAUCCAGGGCCUCUUGCUCACAAAUCCUUGAAGCCGCCAGUUAUCGCGGAAACACAGCCUUCCGAAAGCGAAGUUGAUUUCUAUCAAGAACUUGACCAAUUGCUGCCAACCGAAAGCGCCAGAAGCGCUUAUGACACUCACAUGUAUCGGGGACCUUACCGAGACCCUACUGGCUUCUACGAUAACAAUCGUAAAGACGAUACGAAGGGCGAAUUCCGCAAUGUGGACGAGCUCUCAAAUAGAUCUCACGGAAACAGAAAAAUCAGUAAUGAGGCAUUCACGACUGUGCGGACCUCGGGAGCUUCGAACAGACAUCAGGUGCUGAUGACGCUAACAAACCGGAUUCGUAAGAGAGACUCCAACAAGAUUCAGGAGGAAGACUAUGCAAAGAGACGAAAGAUUCAUGAAAGUGAUCGUAGCUAA